UGAGGAGAAGUGCAAAAUGUUAUUAUAGUCAAUCGGAUAAGUGCUAGCUCAUAACCCCCUGAUUCGAAACAUAUAUGUUCAGGACCAGCCCUCCCCACAGAAUCCCCAUGGGGUGAUUUGGUCCAUCGCCUUUUUGUGCAUCUUAAGAAAUAUAAGAUCUAUAAACGGCUCUUAAAUCUUAACUCCCUUUAGGUUGUGUUCUGAUCAUACACAACUCGGGUGCCUCAUACUCCGAACCAACUAGACGUCUAUAUUUUGCCUUGUGCAAAUUUCCUUCUCAGACAACCACCUCUGUGCGGCUGAAUCAUCACCACGAUGGCUGAGAAUCACGGCGCGCUGCCCCCAAACGGUGCUUAUAGAGCUCAAGGACCUGUCGCUCCUACGGGAUUCGGCAGUCGUCCGGUAGGACAGCCACAGUCUAUGCCCCAGCAAGUAGUCCCGCCCCGAGUUGGACUCCCGGUGGAAACGACUAGGGGCCCUUCUGUUAAGAUUUCCGACGUAAGCCGCGGUCUCAUGACCAUAGAUGACAUGAGAGAAGAUCUCGCAGAGUAUGCCCUCUUCCGAUUCGAGAAAUACCCAGUACAAAGUCGAUAUGACGACGAAGGACGAUUGCAACUCCCUACAUGGGAUAAGGCAAUUAGAUCCCGGGUUCAGAGCAUGUCGACUGGGGAGAUAAAACGUCGGAUUCAACAUCUUAAUAGGAAGACUCGCACCCCUACCGACAAAUUGCGAUCCCUAAGCCCUGCGCUUCAGCGACAAAUCGAUGAGGCGACAGAGGAGCUCACCGUAAAAAAUCCGGACCCAAUGAAUUAUCGAUGGGUACUUGUACAGCUGGAUCAUCAACUUGCGGAGAUCGAUCCGCAUACUUUCGUAGCUGGAGGAAACCAUCCACAACCCCUAAAACACCAUAGCGUACCUAGGAGGCGAGCGUAUCGACAAACGAAUAGGAAUAAACCUAGGUCUUUCAAGAGGAUCUCAUUGGCAACAUACUUCAAGCGUGUACCUAAAGCAGAGGCUGACAUACCCUCUCUCUACGAAGCGAAAAGAAGAAUGCUCUUCUCACAAAAUAAUAACAUCACCCAUCCGCAUCCGCAUCCGCAGCCACAGCCACAACCACAAUCACAACCACAUCAUGGUUCGAAUCCCCGAAUAUCCCCCAUAGGACCUGAUCUUGUUGAGGGUAGGCCACCAUUGGGGCCGAAUGGGAAUCGCCCACAACCGGUUCCGACACGUCCUAAUGGGCCAGGGCCAGGAACCAGACGUCCUGCUAUGAAUAACACUGUAGCUGGUAGCGGAGAAAAACCAAAAGCUGCCGGUAUAAAGCACAAUAGGCUUGAAAGCGACUCAGGAUACUCCGACUGUUUGUCGGAUAGGUCGUUUCAUAGUCAAAUGACGCCGGACACCUCCUAUUCGUCCGAAUCGCUUAAUAGGGGUAGAAACCGCGGACGAGUCCACAAUAAGGAUCGUGUACCGGUUCGGAGCUUGAGCAGAAGACAGGAUGCGAAUAGACUUAGUCGGGGCUUACCUGAACAUCACACAUACCACAGCAAUCAUUUUGACAUCGGAAAUGGGGCUAGGAUGCCGCCUACUUUGGGACCUCUUCCGCCCCAGAUGACAUCCCCUGUUGAUAUCGACAGAGCUACAGACGAUGCUUACCUCGCGGGCGUCCUCCGUGGGAGAAACGAUGCGAGGAUGGUACAACAGCGAGCGCGUCGCGAAGCUCGGUACUUAAGGCCUAAUCCGCGCUUCAUCUCAGCAGCGAGGUCGCCAGCUCCUCCAUACAGAAGACGUAUAUCUACCUCUAAUCGACGAGGCGAUAUCGAUGAAGAAAUAUUGCGUCUCAACCUCUUAUCUCUUAAUGAGGAUGAAGAGGAUUACGAUACUGUAUUGCGACAAGUGGAUGGCCGUCGACGAAGAGAGUUUGAGUAUCUCAUGCAGGAAGGGUCAGUCUUGGAAGACGAUCCAUUUGACCGAGAGAGGCCAUCAUACCCGAGAUAUAGUGGGAGACGGUAUGAAGAAUCUUAUGUUACGGAUGACUCCGAUAGUGAGUUUAGUUUGCCGCGAAGGAGGAGGCAUUUUCACUACUGAACGCAGGUGGUGAGACGAAUUAGGUACUUAUUUAUUUUCUUUAUAAUUAUGUUGGUUGGGUAGUUACACCAAUUUGCAACUUGAAAUGUUGAGUUAUAGAGAUGCGGAAUGUAUGCGGUACAGGAUUGAGAUUGA